UUAAGUUCAUAGCUUAAAACGCUUUACAUUUGAUAACAUCAGACUAUGUAUCUCAUUUCAGGAAGUGUAAAACGUACAGGUCAAAUAACGUUUUUGUAUGUCGUUGUUUGUGUAUAUAAAUUACAUCUGACAAAGAUUUGUAAUGCUGAUAAGAUUUAAGAGGAUUAAAAAGUGAACUAUUGAAACAGGCACGUACAGGUAUCUGCGUAGAACCACUGGCGUUUCGUAUGCAAGCUUCAUCACAUGGAAGAAUCCAAAGUUAAAUACACAUAAGUCAAAAUGGACAACUUAAGUAGUACCACAGUUGAAACCACAGAAAUUAACACCUCAACCGGGAUUGACAAAGAUGUCAUAGUACAAAAACUAAAUGACGAAAUGGCACACCUGAUGUUACCAGCUACCAUAUACAUUGCAGUUUUGAUGGUGUUUGGACUUGUUGGAAACUCUAUGGUGUGUUACUAUUAUGGUUUUAAGACCAGAAGAACAACUAACAGUUUCUUCAUUGUUGUCUUGGCAAUAUAUGAUAUAACAGUGUGUGCAUUUUGCAUGCCAACAGAAAUAGCAGAUAUAGAACUGUUUUAUACAUUCGAAAAUAAUAUUGCUUGCAAGAUAUUGAGGUUUGUGAACUACCUUGCAGGUAUAGGAUCAAUACUCACUCUGAUUGCUAUAGCAACCGAUCGUUUUAAGAAAAUCUGCAAAGCGACUGCACCUCAACUGACCUUAAAAACAACAAAAAUAAUUAGUUUGGUCGUGUUCGGAACUGCUCUUCUUUUAUCUUGGCCUUCAAUAGCUAUUUAUGGUUCUAUCCAAGUCAACAUACCGAAUGACAUUGGUAUAGAAUUAAGGGGUUCUGAUUGUACGUCUACAAAGGACAGGCAAUAUAGGAAAUAUGUUUGGGCAUUUAAUAUUGUACAUUUUCUGAUGUUUAUCAUAUGCUCGAUAGUGCUAAUUGUGUUGUAUUCUAUAAUUGGACGUACGAUAUACCAUCAUCAGAAAAGUAUGCAGAAAUAUAGAUGUAAGAGUAAGACGACCUCAACAUUGAACGAAACUUCAUUCACUACAUCCUCAUUUAAUGUAGAAAGUAAAGCAAACGAUGGCGUCAUUCAAUCUGAAAAAGCUGACCGAAGUCCGGCUGGCAGAAAAAGUCAUGCAGGUGUUAAUCAACUGGAAUCGUCAGACCAUAAUGUAGAAAAACAGCGAAAAUCUAAAACAAAAGAUGUUGAUAGAGAAACAGUAAAUAUUGACCGUGAAACAAUUAAACUGACACUUAUCAUGAUAAUUGUAACAGUCGUGUUUAUAAUAAGCUUUCUACCUUACCUCUCCUUAACUGUUUGGAGGGUAUACAAUGGAAAGCAUGAGGCAGAAUUUUUGUCUGGUGGUGGCCUAGUUGGCUUCAAAAUUGGAUCUAGAUCAUUUCUUCUGAACAACACGUUAAACCCCUGGAUAUACGGUAUCUUCAACACAAAAUUUCGACAGUUCUUUUUUGGAUGGAUACGGUUUACAAAGUCUGGAUGAAGUCUUCAACGUGUUGUCAAAUAACAUGUACCUAUAUAUUAAUGACAAAUAAUUUGAUAACUACAAUUUCGCUGUUCUGGUUCAUUAAGUCAAAAUUACA